GGUCCAGAUGCGGUGGAUCGCUGGCUGGCUAUUUUUAGCAGGCGCGCGACCAUUGCGGGCGUCGAAUCGGUGCGGAACGAUCGCGCCGCCAGGCCGAGCAACGGUGCAUCGAUCGGGGCCUUGCAUCGAUCGCGCACGAUCCUCGUAACGACUGCCGCAAGAAAACAGCGGGUGAGCUGCGCGCGAAUUGGCGCUCGCGCGCGGCGCGGCGGCGCUUAUAUAAUGAGACGCGAGCUCGCGGCGAGCCGUUCCACACGCUCGCGCGCAGCAGCUCGGGCCGCAGCGUUCGCCGCCCAGGCUCACGCUCCAGCGGCAACCCUCGCCCGCGCGCCUCAGUAAGUGGCCGAGCCAGGCGAGCGCAGCGCGCCGCGGGAGGCCGGGCAGUGCUCCGACAGCCCCGAGCGGCCCAGAGCGGCCCCGCCGACCGACCGCAGCCCAGGCGCCGAGCGCGCUCGCGGGGAUGAACGCCACGGCGGACGGGGGCUACGCCGGGUCGUGGCGCGUCGCCAGGCGCGCGGCCAUGCUGCUCUACCUGGUGGAGCCCGCCGAGACGAGCUUCGAGCGGCCCGAGCAGGUGCCGGACUACCAGCUUCAGGUCUGGCUGCCGUUCUUCGUGCUGAUCGCCCUGGAAAACGCGGUGCUGUUCACCAGACAGGCCGGCGACCUGCGCCUCGACGACCAGCUGACCUCGCUGUCGCACUGGAUCCUGCAGGAGAGCGCGCGCAUCCUGUUCCGCGGCGCCGAGUACUACGCCUACGUGGCGCUCCACGAGCGCUGGCGGCUCUGCAGCUUGGCCUGGGACUCGGCCUGGACCUGGUACAUCACGGCCUUGGCCGUCGACUUCUGCUAUUACUGGGUACACAGAGCUAAUCACGAGGUGACGUUUCUCUGGGUCCACCAUCAGGUGCACCACAGCAGCGAGGAAUUCAAUCUGGUAGUGGGGCUGCGCCAGUCGGUUCUGCAGCAGUGGUGCAGCUUCAUGUUCUACCUGCCGCUGGCCCUGUUCAUACCGCCGUCGCACUUCGUGGCUCACCACCAGUUCAACCUGAUCUACCAGCUGUGGAUCCACACGACGGUCAUCGACGAGCUCGGGCCGCUCGAGUGGGUGCUCAACACGCCCAAGCACCACCGCGUGCACCACGGUUGCAAUCUGUACUGCCUGGACACCAACUACGGUGGCGUUCUCAUCAUAUGGGACCGGAUCUUCGGCACGUUCGCCGAGCAGCGCCCGAAGGAGCAGAUCAUCUACGGACUGGUGGUCAGCCCGCAGACGCACCAGCCGCUCUACCUGCAGGCGUUCUACGCCGCGCAGACGGCCCGGCGCAGCCUCGCCGCGGGAAACCUGAGAGACGGCCUGGCGGUGUGGUGGAAGGGCCCCAGCUGGCAGCCCGGCCUGCCGCGGCUGGGCCUCGACCGGUUCAAAGUGAACGUCAGCUCGCGCGUCAAGUUCCGGGCGCGCGUGCCCGCCUGGCAGAGCUGCUACAUCGCGCUGCACUUCUGCCUGGUGCUCCACGCCCACGUGCAGUUGUACGACGAGCCGACGGACGCCCGGGGGCCCGCCUGGCUGGGCGCCCUCGUCAACAACGUGUGCGCGCUGACGACGAUCGGCCUGCUGCUGGACCACUCGGCGGCGGCGGGCCUGCUCGAGCUGGCGCGCUGCUGCGGCUACCUGUGCCUCCUCGGGGACCGCCAGGCCUGGCUGCCCGGCUGGGUCUACGCCGCCUCCUGCUGCCUCUGGCUGUGGCGCAUCGGCCGCGCGCUCGCGCGGCGCACCCGCUAGGCCGGGCCGAGCGCAGCCGACUGGACGGCCGACCGAGCGCGGCCGGCCAGUCGGCGCGCUCGUCGCUCGUGCGUACAUUCUUCGUUCGCACGCACGCACACAUAGGUAUUCCAGUGCGUAAUAGUCCGGACGGCUGUAUUCUUAUCGAGCGCUCUGUUAUUUGGAGCAUCGUUAUCGUCGAUAGCGAUGCGCUGCGCCGCGCCGACCAUGAACCGCCGAGCAUCAGGCCGCUCGAGGGUCAACCAAUAGCGUCCCAUUUGCUUGUGCCUUCGCCGGCGGUCGACGUAGAUCUUGUGUUUACACUCGCGCGGCGGCAUUGUAUCCAGCCUGCAGCCGCUUCGGAUGGCGUGCAGCCUUUCGCAUAUGCUUGCGUCUGUGCGCGUCUGUAUUACAUAAUUAUGCUAAUGGUUCUACUGAACUGUAGCAAGAGUCGGGGAAAACAAGGAUUGCCAAUAAAAAAAGCACGCCGUUCCUUUGAA